CGGACUUUGGGUGUGAGGGGGGUAAUUGAGACACAGAGAGAGAGAGAGAGGAGAAGACUUGGCUGACUUGGAAGUGGCGGGGCGGUGAAUAGGCAAAUAAACCAGCUUUCAAGAAACAUGCCAAGAAAACGGGUGCUGGAAAAAGACGACGCUGUCAAAGUGAAGCGGACUAAAGUUAGCCAUCAGUCACACCGCACAGAGCCCGGGCUGGUCUUGACCCUGGGCCAGGGCGAUCUCGGGCAGCUGGGCCUGGGACCGGACGUGCUGGCACGGAAGAGGCCUGCCGUGCUGCAGCUCCCUGAGAAAAUCAUCCAGGCCGAAGCCGGAGGGGUCCACACCGUGUGCCUCACCGAGACGGGCAAAAUCUACACCUUUGGCUGCAACGACGAGGGAGCCCUGGGGAGAGACACGUCAGAGGAAGGCUCCGAUUCUGUGCCAGGCCUCGUCGAUCUGAAGGAGAAGGUGGUCCAGGUGUCGGCCGGGGACAGUCACACGGCAGCUUUGACGGAGGACGGGCGCGUUUUCAUCUGGGGCGCUUUCCGGGAUGAGAACGGUGUCAUUGGCUUACUGGCUCCUCUGAAGGGCGAAGAGAAUUUGGAGUCUGCAAAUGGCAGCGCCCUUCCAGUGGAGUUGCAGCUGGAUGUGCCGAUCGUGAAAAUUGCUUCAGGUAGCCAUCACCUAGCGUUAGUGUCCUUGGCAGGCAACCUUUACACCUGCGGUUGUGGAGACAACGGUCAGCUGGGCCGGGUGCCCCAGGUCUUCACCGCCAGAGGAGGAAGGAGAGGACUGGAACGGUUGCUGCUCCCCCAAGCGGUCACCAUCAAGCAGAGAGGCUGUAAGACCAAGGGCCACAUCCGGGACGUCUUCUGUGGCUCCUACUCGACCAUCGCCAUCACCCACGAGGGCCACGUCAUCGGAUUCGGCCUCUCCAAUUAUUACCAGCUGGGUUCGCAAGGAAUUGACACCUACUAUUCCCCAAAGAUUCUGACGGCAUUCAAGAACUCCACCAGAUCCUGGGUCGGUUUCUCUGCCGGGCAGCAUCACACGGUGUGCCUGGACUCGGAAGGAACCGUGUAUAGUCUGGGCAGGGCCGACUACGGCAUGUUGGGACUGGGAGAAGGAGUCCCAGAGAAGAGCACACCCACCGCCAUCCCGGGGCUACCCAAAGUAUCUUCAGUAGCCUGCGGGGAGCGGGUUGGCUACUCGGUCACGGAAGACGGUCGGGCAUUUGCCUGGGGCAUGGGCUCCAACCUCCAGCUAGCCACAGGUGAUGAAGAGGACGCUUGGAGCCCCGUCCAGAUGUCGGGCCAGCAGCUGGAGAACCGCACUGUUCUCUCCGUGACCGGCGGCGGGCAGCACACUGUCUUACUUGUCAAGGAACGGCAGAGUUGACUAAGUCUUCCCGCCGUCCCCGCGAGGGCCGUCUCCAGGGCUCCAGCUUCCUGAGUCGUUCAGGGCGGGGCUUGGAAGGCGGGCUCCCGACAGCUUCCCGUGCGGCGGAGGGGGAGAAGCAAACUUUCCGACUAUUUCUGUGGAGGAGAAAAUUAGCUGAUAUAAAAAUUACUCUCUCAGAGGCUGGGAUUUGUUUAACUUCAAAAUGGCUCCCCUCGUGGCUCUCAAAGGUAUUGGUGGCUGGGAGGACAAGGCCUUCAUUUGUUUUAAAACUUUAAAUUAAUCGACAGAUUUCUCCUCGAGAGAGAGACGCUCCGCUGUCCCGCGUCCUUCGGCUUUUUGCUCAGUGUUUUCCCAGUUUCGGCCCUCCGUUCGGCAUCCUUCGCCAUCGGACCCGGGCUUUUCCCCUGCUGGGCACUUGACUUCUUUAUUUCCUCUUUCUUUUUUUGCGCUUUCGUUUUUAAAGGCCUUUGUUCACCCAAUCAGCGCAGGGGGUUAUCGCUUCUCCGGCUUGACGGAGAAGCCAGCGCCUCUUUCUCCUGGGUGACGAGAGAAACGUAUAUCCUUCCGAGGGGGAAUCCCUUCUGUUUUUAAUUCUGGCGUAGCUCAGGCUGCUAGCUGCUUCCAAUGCCUCUACCAUCCUGGCCAAAGAAGACGGGGAAUUUCGGAGCCGAGAGAGAGAAUUGAGGUGGGGUGUGUGGGACACGGAUGCCUUUUGUUGAGUCUCCCAUCCGGUUGCUUUCUGAACGGGGCUUGAGUGUGACACGGCCCCACGCUGCUUCAAUGUGGGUGCCUUAAAGCUGUCAUCCCCAACAUGACGCCCCAUGCAGGCAUGGCGGACUACAACUCCCAUCAUCCCCAGCUCCACGGGGCUGGCUAUGAUGGGGAGUUGUAGCCCAUCACACCUGGAGAGGGGCGCUAGGUUGGGGAAUUCAACUGGGGUACUGCAGCAAGAUGGACGGUCACCCAUUGAGCGUGGCGGUAUCUUGAAAAGGGUCGGUACCGCCAUCCUUUCGAAAGUUCUGAAUUCCUCAGGGGAGGGUCAGGAUGGCCACGGUGAUUGGAGUGGAGCUGCCGGGUAUACUGGCCAGAAAGGAGCAGAGGCAGAAUUUUCCCCCUUUCUGGAUAUGUCCCGUAAUUGUGGUCGUAACCGUGUUGUGGGGAGCUGUGACCACCGCUCCCCGGCACACGGUUCAUCGUAACGUCUACCUGCUACGUGGAGAGUUGGUCCACGCGAACGUGGACUCCCCUCCUCAUCGCCCUGAGCCUCCUCUGUUAUCGCGUUGUCCGCAUUAGCCUGGACCCCUGUUUUCCACUUGGAAAGAAAACCGCUCUGCCCGUGUUCAGUUGGAAAAUUAGAACCUUGUGUGUCUCCCAGACUGGCGUCAUAUUCUCUCUCUGUCCCUGGUGUUCCUUCGCUCGCCCCCUGGCCCAGACAGCUGAUCUGUUUCUCCAGCGUCCUCAAACACGCGUAGGCAAGAAGCAGACGGGGACUAGCUGGCUUCUACGCGUGUGGCCCCUCCCUGGUUAGGGUCGCAAGUUUUUAAAGGUUUUGGCCUCUCUAGGCUACAGAUGUGCGCUUGCUUGUCCCGCCUCCAUCCCCCCCCCCCCCCAGCGUGCUAGUUUAAGGCCUCGGCAAGGACGACGGAGGAAGGCAAGCCUGAAUUCCAGCCACGCGGCCACCAAUUUGGGAUGGAGACACUCUUACCCUCUGAUCUCCCUCAGCCAUGUUUGGAAGGUCCUGACAGUCCUGUGAAAGGGCUCUUUGAUUUGAAAAGCAACAGGCCUGGGGUUGGGGGGGUUGGAGAGGUACGGGAAGGAAAACAAAAAUAUUUUGGCGGUGUUUGCAGAAGAGACGCGAAUC